GGGACCCCCCUCUGAAAGCCCCGGUUUUGGCGGAAAAGCGGCGCUCCCGGCCGCGGGGAUCCCGCCUCCAUCCGCUUCCAGGCGGGAUUUCUCCAUCCCCCCGCUGGAUUCCGCUCCCCGCGGGGCUGCGGGCUCGAGGAGAGGCUGAGGCACGGUGCCAGUGUCGAUCCCUCUCGGUGUAUGUGUGGUAACAACAUGUCUGUCCCCCUCCUCGCCGACGCUGUCACCGUGUCAGGGGCAGAGCGGGAGACCGCCGCGGUCAUUUUCCUACAUGGCCUUGGAGACACGGGGCACAGCUGGGCCGAUGCUCUCUCCUCCAUCCGCCUCCCCUACGUGAAGUACAUCUGCCCUCACGCGCCCCGGAUCCCGGUCACCCUCAACAUGAAGAUGGUCAUGCCCUCCUGGUUUGACCUGAUGGGAUUGACUCCAGAUGCACCUGAGGAUGAAGCUGGGAUCAAGAAAGCUGCAGAAAACAUUAAAGCAAUCAUCGAGCACGAGAUGAAGAACGGGAUCCCCCCCAACCGCAUCAUCCUGGGGGGCUUCUCACAGGGCGGUGCCUUGUCGCUGUACACGGCUCUCACCUGCCAGCACCAGCUGGCCGGGAUCGUGGCGCUCAGCUGCUGGCUCCCGCUCCACAGGGCCUUCCCACAGGCGGCGAACAACGGCGUGAACAAGGACAUCGCCAUCCUGCAGUGCCACGGGGAGAUGGAUCCCAUGAUCCCCGUGCGCUUCGGGGCCCUCACUGCCGAGAAGCUCAAGUCUGUCGUCACCCCCACCAAGGUGCAGUUCAAAACCUACCCCGGAGUGAUGCACAGUUCCUGUCCUCAGGAGAUGAUGGCGGUGAAGGAAUUCAUCGAGAAGCUGCUGCCCCGGAUCUGAGCGGAGCCCCUGGGGACUGUCGCAGGGGAGGGUGCCGAGGUCCCGGCCGCCCGUGUGUCCCUGUGACCCGCCCGCUGCGAACGGAAGCCAUGGCCCCCCCAGCGCACCUCCCGCCGCCCCCGCCCUCGCACCGCGUCCCCUCCGGCCGGGGCUGCCCCGCUGCUCCCGGAGCCCUCAUCGGAGCUGCCUAAGGCGAGUCUGGCCUUUUCUCUCCUGCUCUGGCUCCGAGCGCUUCCCGAGGGGGGGUCACCGUCCCCUCGGACC